GCUGUCGUCAUGGUUUAGAGACUUCAUUACCAUGGGUUCAGAACUCAACUCAGCAUAGUUUCAUGAUUUAGAGAUAAGUCUUCUCAUCACCACAGGGUCAGCUCAAUAGUUUCCUACAGAACUCGUGCGAACUUCGGCCACGACUGAGAACGCAUGAUCGUGUCUGUUGCUGGCGAAGCGUUUUACUCAGUAUAUUUUUAAAUUCUAACCCAUACUUAAGACAGUCAUUUCAUCAGAUGAACUACUCAGUUGGUUCCCAUUCUUUGUGCGUGAAAUGGCCGUCAAGUUUUCGUAUUCCUUCGUUGUUGCCGCUCUCAGCACCAUGUCGGUCGCUGUCAACGCUCAGACAUUUGCGCCGCUGCAGUUUGCAGGUGUAAAUAUCGCAGGUUUUGACUUCGGGUGUGGUACAGAUGGCACUUGCGUUGCUUCAAACGCUUAUCCCCCUGUCUCUCAGCUGACCGGUAUUGAUGGUUUGGGCCAAAUGCAGCACUUUGUCACUGACCACGGCUACAAUGUGUUCCGUCUCCCUGUUGGCUGGCAGUACCUCACGUCUGACCAGAUGACUGGCGUCUUGGAUGCGAAUCAGUUUGCCAACUAUGACAUGCUGGUGUCCGACUGCCUGAGCACUGGUGCUCAUUGUGUGAUUGAUAUUCACAAUUAUGCAAGGUACAACGGACAGAUAAUCGGUCAAGGCGGUCCAAGCAACGAAAUCUUUGCUGAGCUCUGGUCUAACAUUGCUUCGUACUACGUGAAUGAGACAAAAGUCAUCUUUGGGCUCAUGAACGAACCUCAUGAUAUCCCAAAUAUCACCACUUGGGCAGAGACCGUUCAGGCUGCAGUUACGGGCAUUCGGGAAGCUGGCGCCACUACCCAGAUGAUUCUCCUCCCCGGCACCGACUAUACUUCUGCGGAGACCUUCGUUUCCAGCGGUUCCGCUGACGCCCUUGGCGCGGUGCGGAACCCUGACGGCACAUUCACCAACCUCAUAAUGGACGUCCACAAGUACCUCGACUCCGACGGCUCUGGCACCAACACUGAAUGCGUGACCAACAACAUCCAGAACGCAUGGUACCCUCUGACCACCUGGCUCCGUGCAAACGGUCGCCAGGCCCUCAAUACUGAGACUGGUGGUGGGAACGUCGACUCUUGUGUUAGCUACAUAUCACAGGAGAUUGGCUACCAGGCUGCUCAGUCUGAUGUUAUCCUCGGCUACCUUGGCUGGUCGGCUGGCUCCUUCGCCACGGACUAUACAUUGUCUCAGGUGCCCUCCUACAGCGGCUCCGUCUGGACGGACGCACUCUUGGUCUCGGCGGCCAUGUCGCCAAAGACCAACAUGCUCAUUGCAUCCGUUGUAUGAAAAUGGCGUAGGGUAUUUUACCUAGUUGAUUCAUGAUUUUUACAACAGUUCCACACGCUCAUUCCUCCCACUAGUACUCUCUUUUACAUCCUGCGUCUGUGACGCAGUCAUCAACUGAUACUUAGUGACACGUUCUUAAUCUGAUCAAUGUAAAGACCUGGUAUGUCGACUGCAUGC